UCCAUUGUGCUAUUCCCUUCUCAGAGGUGCUGAAGUGGACAUUUGCAGACCAGUGGCUGCUGAAGAGAUGCCUGGGCAGUGUGAGAGGGAUGAGGCGCUUCUGUUCUUUUGUCAAAGGCACUCGUGGAGAGGAGUUGGUGACGUUCUUUGUGAAAGUGGAGCGUCUCCUGCAGAUACACUGGCAGCAGGAUGGGAGCCAGAGGAACCGCUACCAGGCCCUGCUUACUGUCAUCAAAGCUGUCCACCUCACUGAGGGCUCCAGCAUCAUGAACACCUGUCGCAUCCCCUCUGAGGGUUUGUUGAAGAUCUUCUCAGGGAGUGACCCUGGUGGGAUGGAUCAGAUUCUGUAUGAGAUGAGGUCCAAAGCCUUAUGCCGUCUUCAGUCCUACUGGCUGCCCCAGUACCUCUGCUCCUGUAAGCUCUCCAUCACCAAACUGAAAGAGUGUGCCUCCAUCGUCAAAGAGUACGAGGACAUUGCCUCUAACCUCACCCUGGUAGAGAACCCGGCUCUGCUUGACCCACUGGGGUGGAGUUUGGGCUCGCCACCAUCAGAGGGCCCUACAGUGACCCGGACCUACUGCUCCAAAGUCAGGAAGAGGCUGCUGUGGAGGGCCCAUCAGAGGCCUGGGACAGGACUUAGGGUUGGGGCAGCAGGGAUGCCUGAUGGGCCGGCCAUGCAGCAGUGGUUGCCCAUGGCCGGGGACGGAGACCAGGGAGAGUGUACCAAUAUAGUGCACUACAUGAGCAGGCAUGGGGAGGAGAUUGUGGUUGGUGGUGACAAGACACAUGGGGGCAAUGGCAAAAGGGAGGGCAGAAGCAAGAGAGGAGGAAGUGGGAGCUCAAAGAGAAGUACCAGUACUCCUCUCCUCAGAAAAGUGAGCUCUGCUAGUCUUGGGCCCAGAACUGGCCCUGUCGUGCCCAUACUCCCAUCCAAGAGCCUGUCCAGUCUGGACAGCAGCAGCACUGACCCCAUCAUCCCCCCUCACGCCUGUAUGGAGACCCCCAUCUGCCACCUUCCCUCCAUCACCACCACCCCUGUCACCCCUACUCCCGCUCCUCCUUCCAGACCGGUCUGGGGAACACUACACUACGAUGAGCACCUCUCCCUGGCCCUGUCCGCUGAUGCUCUUGCUGGGGGUCCCUAUGAGAAUUUCCUGAGGGUCAGUGGCCAGGGGGUCAUGCUGCACCACCUGGGACUGUGGCAGGAGCUGGAUGGCUUCCUCAACCUCCUGCUCAAGAUGGAAGAUGGCCCCUCCAAGGCUCUGAGACAGGUGCUGGCUAGAAAGAUCAUGGCUGUGUACUUGAGUGAUGCGUGGCAGUGUGUUAGUCGCCCUGAGGGUGAGUGGUGCACCACCUACCUGACCAAAUCCACCGUCUGCCACCUCAUAAACCUCCUCCCCUCUGGCAAUGUGAUGCCCUGGAUCUACACGGCCAAGCAGGAAUUAUGCCAGAUUCUGGGUCCCACCUACAAUGCAUUUCUGGAUGAAGAAGACAAAGUCCUUCUCUUCUAUCUGUUCACUCAGAAUGAGGUCAAGGGGAAAGUGAGUCAUAGAGCUACAGCGCCCUCCAGUGCUUUCACUGCGCCAGAGCAGCAGGUGAGGAGGAUGAGGGAGGCUUUGGCCCUCUGUCAGGCCUGCGCUGAGCCUCUCACUGAGGAGACCUGGGCCCUGCUGCCCCUAGAGGACGUCAGGACAGGAGGCUCUGUUCACCUGCACUACAGAAAGACCAAUCUUUAUGACCUUCCAUUUGAAACCCUGGCUGAGAAGUACCCCAAGGUGGCUGUGGAGGCAAUCAGUAAAACUCAUAGACUCUACUAUGGCUGGAAGCCAGUACAAGAAGAGACAAAGAAGCCAGUGGUGACAUCCAGUCCUAAGAAGUCAUUCCACCUGAUGAAGGACAAGGACCACAGCUUUGCCGAAAAACCAUCCAUGAGACCAAGGUUUUUAGAGGAGGUGAUGAGAAGUCCCACCAACCUGGACUUCUUCAAGCGUUACCUAAGGGCCUAUGAUGCUCACGGAGCUCUGAACUUCUACCACGAGGUGGACAAACUGCGGCACGUCGACAGCCUCCUCCAGAAGACCAAGAUCAACAGCAUCGUGUCCCGCUUCCUCAGACGAGCAGACGCUAGUAACUACACUGAAUAGAUUAUAAUAGACUAAUUUGUCCUCUAAGAAGGAAACUAUUUCCCUGCCUUAUAGGUUAAUGAAUAAUCAGAUUGACUUUGUUUCAGAUAUACAGUAGGUAAUGUUAUGUCACUAUAUGCAUCACACUCGGCGCUCAACUUAAAUCAAAGCCACACUCUCCUGUACAGUAUGUGCGCUCGAGUUAGCCUAGUUAUGAUAUGCGCAUACCACAGUAGUUAGCCUACUCCUUUUAAACAUGUGUAGCCAGCCUGGUCUACUAGAUUAGAUGUAACAAAGUAAAUGUAAAUCCGUGACACUCAAAUUAGUAUGAUAUGUUAUGUUUGGUAUGGUUACAUAAGACAGAAGGUUACUUAAGGCAAAAACUAAGGUUGCGUGUUCGAAUCUCAUCACAGACAACUUUACCAUUUUAGCUAAUUACAAAUUUUGCAACUACUUUUUAGCCACUUUGCAACAACUUAGCAUGUUAGCUAACCUUUGCUUAACCAUUUAACCUAACUCCUAACCUUAACCCUAGCUAGCGUA